GCCAUGGCAACGGCCACGGCCGCGUUGGGUCGCGUCGCCUCCCCGCGCCUCGUCAUGGGCUACCUUCUCUUCCUCACCGUCGCCUCCCUCCUCCUCUUCUCGCCGCGGGCCGCUGCGCAGGCGUGGCAGCUCUGCGGGAACACCGGCAACUACACGGCCAACAGCACCUACCAGUCCAACCUCGAAAGCCUCGCCAAGGCGCUCUCCGCGAACGCGUCCCGCUCGAGGAACCUCUUCGCGGAGGGCAGCGUCGGCGCCGUCCCGUAUGUCGUCUACGCGCUCGCGCUUUGCCGCGGGGACACCAACGCCACGGCCUGCGGCUCCUGCGUCGCCACGGGGUUUCAAGACGCGCAGCAGCUCUGCCCCUACAAGAAUGACGCGGCCGUGGUCUACGACGACUGCUACCUCCGCUUCUCCAACCAGGAUUUCAUCGCCAGCACCACCGACAACGGCAAUGAUAACAUCAUCCUCAUGAACACUCAGAGCGUGAGCUCGCCGGUGCAGGCGUUCGACGCCGCCGUCGUCAUGCUCCUCAACGCCACCGGCGACUACGCGGCGGCGAACUCGUCGCGGUUUGCCACGGGGGAAGAGGGCUUCGACGCCAGCUACCCCACCAUCUACGGGCUCACGCAGUGCACGCCGGACAUGUCGUCCGCAGACUGCCGGAGCUGCCUUGGGAGCAUAAUAUCGGCGAUGCCAGGGUCUCUCAGCGGAAGUAAGGGCGGGAGGAUUAUAGGGACGCGGUGCAAUUUCAGGUACGAGGUGUAUUCUUUCUUCUCCGGAGCGCCCUCGCUACGUCUGCCAGCGGCGUCGCCACCGGCGCCACUGCCAUCUCCUACGGCAUUUAACGUGACGCCGACGGCAACCCCACCAGGAAGAACCAGAACCAAAACAGGACUUGCUUUAGCAAUUGUGUUGCCGAUAAUUGCUGCGGUGCUAGCGAUCAGUUUUGUUUGUCUAUGUUUCUUCUCGAGGAGGAGAAAACAAGCAAGGGAGCAGACACCAUCUUAUUCAACAAUUGCUGGAGACAUGGAAAGCAUCGAGUCACUUCUUUUUGAUAUAUCAACUUUACGUGCCGCGACUGGUAACUUUGCCGAGAGCAAUAGGCUUGGUGAAGGAGGCUUUGGUGCUGUCUAUAAGGGCAUCCUUCGUGAUGGUCAAGAAAUUGCAGUGAAGAGGCUGUCACAGAGUUCAGGGCAAGGGAUACAAGAGCUGAAAAACGAGCUUGUUUUGGUUGCCAAGCUCCAACAAAAGAACCUUGUUAGGCUUGUUGGUGUUUGCUUGCAAGAACAUGAGAAACUGCUUGUGUAUGAAUACAUGCCCAAUAGAAGCAUCGACACCAUCCUUUUCGAUCCUGAGAGAAACAAGGAGCUAGAUUGGGGAACCAGAUUCAAGAUAAUAAAUGGAAUUGCCAGAGGACUACAGUAUCUCCAUGAGGAUUCUCAGCUGAAGAUCAUUCACCGGGACCUUAAAGCGAGCAAUGUCCUUUUAGACUCUGAUUAUACACCUAAGAUUUCAGAUUUUGGCCUGGCUAGGCUAUUUGGAGGGGAUCAAACCCGGGAGAUUACAAGUCGCGUUGUUGGAACAUAUGGGUAUAUGGCACCCGAGUAUGCCAUGCGUGGCCACUAUUCUAUAAAGUCCGAUGUUUUCAGCUUUGGCGUCUUGGUUCUAGAAAUCUUAACCGGAAGAAGAAGCAGUGGUUCCUUUAACAUCGACCAGUCUGUUGACCUCUUAAGUCUUGUUUGGGAGCACUGGACCAUGGGAACAAUUGCUGAGGUUAUGGACCCAUCUCUGAGAGGCAAAGCUCCUGCACAGCAGAUGCUGAAAUGUGUCCACAUCGCGCUACUGUGUGUUCAGGACAGUCCGGUCGAUAGGCCGAUGAUGUCGACAGUAAACGUCAUGCUCAGCAGCAGCACUUCCUCUCUCCAGGCUCCGUUGAAGCCAGUAUUUUUCAUUCCCAAGAGUGGUUAUUACUCAACUGUUUAUUCAGAAUCAUAUCCUACAGCUUCCCAAACCACAGGGGCGGUAUCACCAAAUGAAGUGUCAAUUACAGAAUUGGAACCAAGAUGAGCCUUGAAGCAUCAUGUUGCCACUUGCUAGAGUAAUUGGAUUAUUAUAUUGCAUGAAUAAACUGGACAUAGCGCAAUGCUCUAGCGUCUGUAUUACUGACUUUUCAGUUAUGUUUCCACUGGCCCCUCUAAUUAUAAAGUCGUAUAUUUCAGUU